GUCGCAGUUCAUGCGCCGCUUCCUGUUGCCAGCCGCCCCUCUUCUCCUCCGCCUCCCCCCCAACCUCGCACGGCGAAGGCGGAGCGCCGCCGCUUCCUCCCCCCCCUCCCGAGCGGCGGAACCCACGGACGGCGCCGGUCACGUGUCCCGGAGGCCAGGCAGGGCUCGUCCGUCCCCCUUUCCCGGGCGGGGAAGGAAGGAAGGAAGGAAGAAAAAGCCGCGUCAACGUGCGAAAUGGGGCCGGCGGCGGCGGCGUCGUUGCCGUGACGAGCCGCUCCGCCGCCCUCUCGCCUUCCGCGGCUGAGGGAAGCGCCUCUUCCGCCGCCCCCCUCAGCGAAGCCGGAUUAUUUGUUUUCUUCUUCUCCUCCUCCUCAACGACCCCAGGCCGGCCGGCGAGCCUUCCCUUUCGCCAUGCCGUCGCCGUCCCUGAGGGGAGGCGAAGGCGCGGAAGCCGCGGGGAAAAGCGAGGCCGCCGCCGCUGCUGCCGCCGGCCGAGCCGCCACUUGUAGGGAUAUGUCCUCAGCACCAACCACUCCUCCAUCAGUGGAUAAAGUAGACGGAUUUUCUCGGAAGUCCGUCAGAAAAGCCAGGCAGAAGAGGUCGCAAAGUUCCUCCCAGUUUCGGUCUCAGGGCAAGCCUAUUGAGUUAACGCCACUGCCUCUGCUAAAAGACGUUCCAUCUUCAGAGCAGGCUGAAUUGUUCCUAAAGAAACUUCAGCAGUGUUGUGUCAUUUUUGACUUCAUGGACACACUUUCAGAUCUUAAAAUGAAAGAAUACAAGCGUUCAACUCUUAAUGAACUUGUGGAUUACAUUACAAUAAGCAGAGGCUGUUUGACAGAGCAGACUUACCCUGAAGUAGUUAGAAUGGUAUCUUGCAAUAUUUUCCGAACUCUUCCUCCUAGCGAUAGCAAUGAGUUUGAUCCAGAAGAAGAUGAACCCACCCUUGAGGCAUCAUGGCCACAUUUACAGCUUGUAUAUGAAUUUUUCAUACGAUUUUUGGAAAGCCAAGAAUUCCAGCCCAGCAUUGCCAAAAAGUACAUAGAUCAGAAAUUUGUAUUACAGCUUUUGGAGCUAUUUGACAGUGAAGAUCCUCGAGAGCGGGACUACCUAAAAACAGUCUUACACAGAAUUUAUGGCAAGUUCCUUGGUCUUAGAGCAUUUAUCAGAAAACAGAUUAACAAUAUUUUUCUACGGUUUGUUUAUGAAACUGAACACUUCAACGGUGUAGCUGAACUGCUGGAAAUCUUAGGAAGUAUUAUCAAUGGGUUCGCUUUACCUCUGAAAGCAGAGCAUAAACAGUUUUUGGUGAAAGUGCUGAUUCCUCUACAUACCGUUAGGAGUUUAUCGCUUUUCCAUGCACAGUUGGCUUAUUGCAUAGUGCAGUUUCUGGAGAAAGACCCUUCACUCACAGAGCCUGUCAUUAGAGGUUUAAUGAAAUUCUGGCCGAAAACCUGCAGUCAGAAAGAGGUCAUGUUCCUUGGGGAACUGGAGGAGAUAUUAGACGUGAUUGAACCGUCACAGUUUGUCAAAAUUCAAGAGCCCUUGUUUAAACAAAUAGCUAAAUGUGUCUCCAGCCCGCACUUUCAGGUGGCUGAAAGAGCACUGUACUAUUGGAAUAAUGAAUACAUCAUGAGUUUGAUAGAGGAGAAUUCCAACGUUAUACUUCCCAUCAUGUUUUCCAGUCUGUACAGGAUUUCCAAAGAACACUGGAAUCCGGCCAUUGUGGCUUUAGUAUACAACGUGCUGAAGGCAUUCAUGGAAAUGAACAGCGCCAUGUUCGACGAGCUGACGGCCACUUACAAGUCAGAUCGCCAGCGCUUAUCCAAAGCAACAGGUGAAACUAAUGAGGAAACUUCGGGAACUCCGGGCAGUUUGCGACUUGGUGAAAGUCGUGCCUUUUGUGAGACUCGGGGUUCCCACAAGCAAAGCGAAGGGUACUGUAUGUCAUCAAGCCUUGUUAGUGAGAAGAAAAAAGAGAAGGAACGCGAAGAACUAUGGAAGAAACUGGAGGACCUGGAAUUAAAGAGGGGGCUUAGACGCGAUGGAAUAAUUCCAACUUAACGAAAAGGAAAGCAGCAAACGUUUACGAUCCUGUGGAGUCACACAUGUAUGUAGUAGAAGAUGGAGCAACAGUUUUCUGUAUUGUGCAACUUUACAGUAGAUUUCACAUUUGUUUCAUUAUUACAACAGCCCUGUGUAUAUAUCUGUCUCUAAGUAACGGGGGGAGAAAAAAAAAUAAGGACUUCAAUCCAAAGUUUGGACAACGGAUGGACUUUCCUCAGAACUUUGCAGAAAUAAUCAUUGUUUUAACCCUCCUUUAAAAAAACCAGUCUUCGAAAAGAUCCGUUGAUGAAAAAGAAAAAACCGCGAUGUCCGAAUUCCAUCACCAGGACGUGUCCCUUAUUUAUCGUUAGCAGAGAGUGAUACAACUUCAGAUGUGAACAAUCUUAAAAAAAUUUAGCUUGUCUUUCUGCUAUAAAACUGUUAAAUGUAUUUAUAGUAAAAGAGGAAAAAAAGAGAUUGUCAUUUUUCAUAUGAGUUUGUGUAACAUUUUUCUCCUCUGGAUAACUAUGAUGUAAUUUGACUUUUGGGGGGGGUGGCAGGGUUGGGAGGAGGGGGGAUCUUUUUCCUUUUUUUCUUUUUUUUUUGCACAUCUUCAUGAGUUGAAUGUUUAUACAGAUCAGGGCCAUGACAAAGAAAAAAAAAUAGGGGUCCUUUAAUGCUAAGAGUUUUGUUCUGGUAUAAAGCAUCUUUUUGAGUACCAGACCUCGCUUUUGGUGCUCCUUUCAGUGUGAACAUUACAAAUAAAUAUAAGAAGUGGUUAUAAACAGAGUUGGGGAGUAUGCUUCGGAUUAGUCAAUUGGAUCAAGUUGAUUGCACGUCCAAGCUCACCCCUCUGAUCUGUAGCGGCAAGCGCGCAGCGGCGACAAGAUUUCAGUAUCUGACCAGUAUUAAAUUGGACGCCAUCGAUUAAAGAAAACCUGGGCCAGGAUUAUGUUAUAGUAAUACUGAGGCUAAAUUAUUGUAUUGCUAUACAUUUUCUUUCAGGCCGUUUGGAAAGAAUAUUAAUUUUUUUUUUAACAAAAGCUUAAGGAAUGCAUCUAAGAGACGGUCAUCAUGGAUUUAACAUUCGGGGGCAGGGCGGGGAGUUGAGCAAAAGUUUGGAUUGCUUGAAGUUUUGUUGCCUUACCUUUUAAAAUACGUCUUCAUUAAACAUUCCAGCGGAAAACAAAGAAGUAUUGGGGAGGAUGUAACUUUCGGGGAAGAAUAAUGCUGUGGCGCAUUUGUGACUUGAAUGCUGUUUUUAGGCUGGAAUGUAUUCUGGGUAACAUACUUCAGCGUUCUGGUCUCGGAUGCUCAUUCUGACUGUAUCUGUUACCAGAAGUGGCUCAAAAAAUACUACUGAAAAAAAGAGAAGAGAAUACCCCAUAAUUCUGGCAAUCCUAAUCAGCUUGAAGUAUUAGUUUAAAAAAAAAGGUAAUUGAUUUUAUAUCAAAGGUGCAUUGUGACCAAACUGUUAAGAUUAAAAAAGAAAAGAGAGGGGUGGGGGGGAAGCUGUAUUAUAAAGUAUACAUUACUGGCUAUCUGCAUUGUAUUUGAAAGUGGAAUCUCACAUCUUUGGUAGAUAAAAUGCUGAUAAGACUUGUGUACAGUAUAUAUUUAGCUAAUGCAGGUGCAUUAUUAUAUACCGUAAGGUAUGUGUUUUUUCAGGAUUUUUCUCCAGGAUGCUUUUGAACUGUUAUGAUGACAGCAAUGAAUUGAUAAUCCUCAAAACCAUUUGAUCCAGCCGUUAUUUAACAGUAUAAAGCUGAGUUGGUGUUCAUGAGUCUUUUUGUGAUAGUUGCAAACAUGAAUUUACAACCUGUUGCUAUCAAUAGAAGUACAGUAUAAAUACAAGCUUGUAUAUUUCCCCCCCUUUCUUCUUGCCAUUUAAAUAUCGGAUAGGAUUUGAGGUUUUCUUGUUUUUAGGCCAAAAAAAAUAUAUAUAUAUGGGGGGGAAGAGAAUAAUUUACAUUCGACUGACUGCUGUUUUGGGAUUAUCAGGCCAGUUUUGUACACACAAGUCUUUGCAAAUGGAUGUAAAGUCAAUGACUUUGUAAAAAAAAAAGGAGAACCCUGAACAAAAACUUGACACUGUUAAUUCUGGGGGUGGGUGGAACAAAAGUUAGACUAGUCAUCCGACACACCGAACGCAACACGGUUUAACGGGAUUAAGCUAAGCCUCUUUUAAGAACAUUGAUUGGGACUCGAUGUAAACUCGGCAGACACCGCCCUCGGUGAAACGUUCUAUUUUUAAAAAGUGCUGGAGCAAAGGUGCAAGCUGAAAUACUGAAGAUGAAAAUAAAUUUAUAACAAACCA